GCGGCGCUGCGUUCAGGGCACGUGGGGAGGAAGAGGUGGCGCUUGGGAGAAAUGUGAACAACAAAAUGUCCAGCAGUAACGUACUUUCAAAACUGCUUUUGUUUAUAUUUCACGGUCUUUCAAAUGGCAAAUAGUGACGAUGAGGAUGAAACGUGGAUGACCAGUUUGACAGACUUUACAGUCGCGCCAAGUCCAGAUUAUGGAACUGGGUUUAAUAGACUGCAGACUGCAUCCCACCAAAGAGUCAUCCUACACUUUGACUGGUGUAGGUGGAGAUGAUCAGGAACCCAGCUCUGCGUAAUGUGCCUUUGGGUAUUCAACAGAAGUAUAAUGUAGUCACCUGUAACUACGUUGCGAGGGAGCAAGGUGUGACCAAGGUGAUGUCGGUGGUGGAUGCUCAGGAGAAAUGCCCUCAGCUUGUGUUGGUUAAAGGAGAGGACCUGACACACUACCGGGAAAUGUCCUACCAAGUCACAGAACUGCUGACGUCCUACUGUCCCUCAGUGGAGCGGCUUGGGUUCGAUGAGAACUAUGUUGACGUCACAGAGAUGGUAGAGAAGAGACUGACUCACUGCUCCUCGUUCGAGGGACAUGUCUAUAACCGUUCUGGGAUUGAGACUAACCCUGGACCCCACCGGAGGCUGGUGGUCGGCUCUCACAUCGCGGCGGAGCUCAGAACAGCCAUCUGCAGCAAGUUGGGCCUCGACGUCUGUGCCGGGGUCGCCACCAAUAAGCUGCUAGCCAAACUUGUGUCUGGGUCCUUCAAACCGAACCAGCAGACCACACUGCUGCCCCAAGACGUUGACCACAUCAUGGGCCACCUCGGCGGCCUUCAUAGAGUUCCCGGGAUGGGACAUCAGACCAGUAAGAGGCUCCAAGCCCUUGGAUUGGUACUGCAGGACCUGCAGCUCUUCCCAUUGGCCGGCCUGGUGAAGGAGUUUGGAGUCCCAACUGGCCAGCGCCUGAAGAACCUGUCUCUGGGCGUCGAUGACUCCCCCGUCGUGCCCACAGGAGCCCCCAUGUCUCUUAGCGAUGAAGACUCGUUCAAGAAGAUCUCCACCACUAGAGAAGUUGUAGAAAGGACCCAAGAGCUGCUCACCAGUCUGGUUGAGAGGAUGCAGAAAGACGGCCGGCCGCCCCAGACCUUCAGGCUGACCAUCCCGAGGUACUCUGCAGAGAACAAGUGGUUCAGCAGGGAGAGCCGCCAGUGUCCCGUCCCCCACCACCUCAGACACAAGGUGGUCUCAGGCAGCACUGAUACUAAUGUGCAUCUGGUUAACUUGGCGAUGAAGCUCUUCAAUAAGAUGGUGGACGGCGGCACGGCGUUCCACCUCACACUGCUCAACGUCUGCUUCACCAACCUGCCUCCGGCGCGGGGGACCUCGAGCCAGGGGGCCAUCACGUCGUUCUUCACACUGGGCAGCUCCCCACAAAGCAGUCUGACCCCCUCCCGAACUCACGAGGAGCAUCCACCCAGUUGGUCGGGUCAUUUGAACGGGUCCCAGGAAGUGGAGAAUAACCCUGAGUGUGAAGACUGAGCCGGAUUUCCAAAUGAAGACACUAGCAGAGAGCACAACGGGCUCCGAGGCAGAUCAACCCGCAUCAGCAGCAAUAAAGACCCCAGUUGUUUCUCCGGAUAUUAGUGAUCACCAU